AAGAUGACUUCAUAUUACCAUGUGAAUAGAUAAUUAUUUUCAUUAAAUUUAAUUGAAUUUUCAGUGAACUCAAAAAUUGAAGAAUUAAAGAUAAUAUUAGAUUACCGAUUUUUCAAUUACAGUCAGAACUAAACAGCAUAACACAAUACUGCUUCGCCUGAAAAAAACAAGUGUUCCCCCAAUUUGCCUCCUCAACCUAUCACAACAUCUCAAAAUACUGCCAAUGCACCGCAUAACAGUGCCCGAGCAGAAUGGAGACGUCAAAGAUCAAUACACAAACGAUCUCCGACGGAUACCAAUUAUGAAGAAUUGAUUAAAAAAAGGGAUGCCGCGGGAAAUACUGAAGGAGCAAGAGGAGAAGAUGACACGCCGAUCGGUGAAUUUCAGUCAAAUGAAAUACCAUCAUUGCGUCCAAAAAAUUUAAAGAACACGGGAACACAAGUUGAUGGGAGUCUCAGUGAUGCAGCAACACAGGCCCCAAAGAAUUAUUCAGAAAUAGGAGUUUAAGUCCGGAGUGAUUUAGUCAUGUUGAAAUUCAUAAAUUUUUUUACAGACGAUGCUGAGUUAAGUACUCUUACAGGAAUUCAUAGUUUUGAAUUGCUGAAUACUAUUGAAGAAUUGGUGAAAACGAUAGAUGGAGUAUCAUGUGCAAGUACCACAUUACCUCUCAGAGAAACCAUAAUCAUGACUUUUAUGAAAUUCAAACAGAACUCGUCGUAUACUAUGUUGGCACUUCUUUUUCGUUGUUCUAUUGACACUUGCAAGCAGAGAAUUGUAAAAAUGAUCGAUCUACUGGAUAGGUGUUUAAAACCGAGCAUCGCUUGGCCAAGUAAAGAAAAUAUCUUGCAAAAUUUACCAUUGUCUUUCAAAGGUUUAGAAAACGUUCGAGUAGUAGUAGAUUGCACGGAAAUAAAAAUACAAAAGCCAUCUAAAUUGUGUUGCCAAAUACAGAGUUAUUCCUAUUAUAAAACUUCUUAUACAAUCAAAUUCAUGACUGGUGUGACACCAGCUGGAUUAAUCUCUUUUGUAAGUAAAGCUUACGGUGGACGUGUUUCUGAUAAUAUGAUUUUGCAACAAAGUGGAAUUUUGAAGAAAAUGGACAAAAAUGAUAUUGUAAUGGCUGACAAGGGCUUCACUGUCGAAGAUCUGUGCAAGAAAAACGAUGUGACACUUCUCACGCCUUUUUUUCUUAGAAACAAGGAGCAGUUUACCAAAACCGAGGCACUAACUAAUCGUAGGAUUGCUAAGGCACGAGUCCAUGUGGAGCGAGUCAAUCAGAGGUUGAAGACUUUCGCUGUACUGGGGAACACCAUGCCAAUUUGCCUACUAAGCAAAGUUGAAGAAAUUUUCAAUAUUAUCUGUGGGAUUGUGAACUUGAGCUUUCCUAUUCUUAAGAACGAUAAAAUUACUGUAUCAACAGAGUUUUUUAAAGAAUACAGCAGCUUUGUGGAAUAUUCAGGUUGA